UAUCAGCGGCGGCUUGACUCUGUUGCCCGCAACUACGUUUCGCUUCGCCUGAUACGAGCACCUCUUUCUGCGUCGGCGAAAUCCCGCUAGAAAAUGUGAACUCUCUCAUCUCUCUUUCCCCUUACUACUCUGCCGAUGAUUCCAUCAAAGCCCGUCAACUUCCUUGCACCAAUGAUCGCCUUCGCCGUCGCACUACUCCUUUUAUCCCGAUUCCUCGAAUUCCCAUCUCUCUCUUCUCCCCUUCCAACAGAGAUCCCUUCAUCCUCUUCGAUAUUGUCGACCCCCUCCUCUCCAUCCUCCUUGUCUCCCUCUCUUAAUUCGAGGCCUAAAGAGGCAUUCUCCGACUUAAAGGCUGCUUUUGCGAGGUGGGACGAGGAGAUCGGAUGCGAACGGUUCAGGGAGCGCAAUGGAGGGGCGCCGAACGCCUCAGCGGUGCAGGAUUACAGCGGAAGUGUGGAUUGCGAGGGGCUGGGCCCGGCGCAUGUUAGUGUACUGGUAAAGGGUUGGACUUGGAUCCCUGAUAACUUGGAUAAUCUCUAUUCCUGUCGAUGCGGGCUGAGUUGUCUCUGGACGAAAUCUCCUGUGAUGGCGGAUAAGCCUGAUGCAUUGCUUUUUGAGAAUGUCAUGCCUCCUGCAAGGAGACGAAAGGGAGAUCCUCUGCGUGUCUACAUGGAUCUUGAGGCUAGCAGAAAACCUUCAGGAUUUGAAGAUAUUUUUAUUGGGUAUCAUGCCAAUGAUGAUGUGCAAUCUACAUAUGCAGGCUCAUUGUUCCACAACAACCGGAACUACUAUAUUUCUUCCCACAAACUAAAUGAUACUCUUAUAUAUUGGUCUUCUUCAAGAUGCCUCGCCAAGCGGAAUCAACUUGCCGGCAGAUUCCUCUCCCUUGUGCCACACCACUCUUUUGGGAAGUGCUUGAAUAACGUUGGAGGUUUGGACAUGGUACUUUCCUUCUACCCUGAAUGCUCCAACGGUAACUCUCUUCUUCACUGGUGGGAUCACCUUCACUGUGCCAUGUCACACUACAAGUUUGUUCUCGCCAUUGAGAACACUGUAACAGAGAGCUAUGUGACUGAGAAACUGUACUACGCCCUCGACGCCGGUGCAGUUCCUAUCUAUUUUGGUGCACCUAAUGUGUGGGAUUUCGUCCCACCCAACUCAAUUAUAGAUGGAUCAAAAUUCAGCUCAAUGAGUGAAUUGGCUUCGUAUGUGAAGGCUGUGGCUGAUGAUCCCGUAGCAUAUGCUGAGUUCCAUGGUUGGAGAAGGUGCGGUGUUCUAGGCAAUUAUGGCAGGGUUCGUGCCGCAAGCCUGGACACAUUGCCUUGCAGAUUGUGCGAGUUUGUUAGCCGCAAAGAAGCGAGGGAGCGAAGAAGAUAGAUUUGAGAAUUGCAUUCGCGUAGGCUUCAUUUGGGACGGUUUUCUUACAGCUUCAUAAAACGAUUUUCUACUAUAAAAUAUUCUAAUUCAAAAAAUUUUUGUACUAAAAAAUUAUUUUACAAAGCAACAAAAAAGUCGUCCCAAACGAAAGCCUUAGGCAAACUCUGUGUAAUUGCUUUCUUAAAAUAUAUUUUGUUCAUUGUAGCAUCUAUUAUACCUUUGAGCGAGCUCAAAGCCCUGUACUCAUAAUAGUGGUGGAAAAGAUUACACAGUUCAAUUCAUUGACAAAUAUCCCUGUUGGAUAUAGAUAGCCAAUCUCCUCUACAUGUAACUCAUAACCUGUAGCAAUUGCUGAGCAUUAUUGAAAUUUAAACCUUCAUUACCAGCUACUAUCAA